CACCAACAGCAGCGGAGCUUGGACAGGAGCUAAGAGAUGGCGUGCUGUUUGAUCUGCGUGAACGAUGAGCCCGUGCCGGGCUCGAAGCUCGACGCCUACUACGAAAACCCCAACAAGUUCCAGAUCGGCAUGAUGGAGGCACCGUGCAAGAACUGCCCCUGGUGUACCUUCGGCUGCCUGUGCAUGUGCUGCGCGCAGUUCAUCGUCAGGAAGAGGGCCCUCGACGGUAACCUCGCCAACUACGUCUGCUGUCAGGGAUACUUCCCGAUGUGCUGCUUCGAGCCGGGCGACUGUGGCGAGAGGGACUGUCCGUGCUUCUGCUUGUGUAUGGAGUCCUUCGCGUGCACCAGUUGCGCUGUGAGCUCCAGCAGGAUGUACCUCAUGGACAAGUUCGGGGUCCAACCAGACCCAUGGGACAACCGAAUUAUACGGUUCAACAAUGCCCUGCAGGUUCUAUCGUGCAUCUGCCACAUUGCCGCCAUCUGCGUCCGGGAGGUCCGCGAGCUGGCUAGGAUCAUCGACCUUAUCGCCGACCUGGUGUACAUGACCACCGUCGGCUGCAUGACGGUAGCCGGCAUGGCUGCGGCGCCCCCUUGA